AUGGACACCAGCUUCGACAGCUUCAUCAGCACGUUGACCUCGGUCAAUGCCAGUUAUGCAGACCCUCCAACCUUCAGUAACCUGAUCAACAGCAACACACUGACCCUGUACAAUGCCGCCACAGCUACCGCGGCGCCGGGAAAUCUCAUGAUUUCCCCGUUUUCUAUCUUGUACGCCACCAUGCUCAUGUACAUCGGCAGCAGCGGCAACACCAAAUCCAGUCUAGACACAUCCCUGCAGUUUUCUAAAAUCUGCAACGGCGACAAGAGCGCCGCAUUGGAUGACUUUUCCCGCGCCCUCUCCACCGUGAAAUCCGUUCGCAACCCCAAAGACGCGUCCAAAUAUAUGAUUGUGUCGUUGAAGUCCCUGGCUGAGCAGAAAGAUUUUUGGGGAAAUUCCAAUCAAGCACGGACGGAAAUCAACGACCGGGUGUCCAACAGUACCGGCGGAUUGAUUAAGAAUUUAUUAUCUCCGGACAGCAUCGAUGCCAUGACGAGAGUUGUUCUAGUUAACACGGUGUACUACAACGCCACCUGGGCUAGCAAAUUUGAUAAAGAAGAUACCGAAAAACGCCCCUUCACCAAUGUAGACGAAACGGAAGCGCAAGUGGAUAUGAUGAUCAAAACGGACGCUUUCCUCUUUUCCCGUGAACGCGAUUUAAAGUUUAGCUACGCCGAACUGGAUUACUACAACAGCGAGACGUCCAUGUUGAUCGUGCUGCCGGAUAGUUCGCAGCGAUUGCAAGAUGUGGAGAAGAAGCUGACGGCGGAAGGACUGAUGAAGCUGAAAGGCCAGGGUCGCAAGCGCAAAAUGCGCAUGGUCCUGCCUAAAUUCAAAACCGAGUCGCAGUUCGAUCUGGUGCAGCUCCUGCGGAAGGCGGGUGUGGAUGAUGCUCUUAAUGGAGGUAAAGCCAACUUCGCCGAUAUGACGAGCGAGCGCGGUCUGUAUUUCGGAUCCGGUAUCCACAAGACAUUCAUCAAUGUGGUCGAACAAGGAACGGUGGCUACGGCUGCAUCGGUAUUAUCCGGAGCGCGCUCGGGACCCAUGGAGUUUGCUGCCGAUCGUCCUUUCUUGUACGCGAUUCGCCAUAAUCCCAGUAACUGUCUGUUGUUUAUUGGUAAAGUUGAAAAAUUCUAA